AUGUCGUUCAACGCGCUCCGUCGCAAGAAGAAUGUCAAGAAGGGUAUCCAGUUCUGUCUGAUGGUCUGUGGUGCCAGCGGAACCGGACGUACCACCUUCGUCAACACUCUUUGUGGAAAGAAGGUCCUAGAAGGCAAGGACUGCGACGACCCGGCCAACGCUCAUAUUGAGGAGGGUGUCCGCAUCAAGCCAGUCACAGUUGAGUUGGAAUUGGACGACGAAGGCACCCGCAUCUCCCUCACCAUCGUUGAUACCCCCGGUUUCGGAGACCAGAUUGACAACGAAGCAAGCUUCGGCGAAAUCGUUGGAUACCUUGAGCGCCAAUACGAUGACAUUCUUGCGGAGGAAUCACGAAUCAAGCGUAACCCCCGCUUCAGGGACAACCGUGUUCACGUCCUGCUCUACUUCAUCACACCGACCGGCCAUGGACUGCGUGAGCUGGACAUCGAAUUGAUGAAGCGCCUUUCCCCCCGUGUCAACGUCAUCCCCGUCAUCGGCAAGGCCGACUCUCUCACCCCUGCCGAAUUGGCCGAAUCCAAGAAGCUUAUCAUGGAGGAUAUCGAGCACUACCGCAUUCCCGUGUACAACUUCCCUUACGAUAUCGAGGAGGACGACGAGGACACCGUAGAGGAGAAUGCUGAGCUUCGUGGUCUGAUGCCGUUUGCCAUUGUUGGCUCUGAGGACUUCGUUGAGAUUGACGGCAAGAAGGUGCGGGCCAGGCAAUAUCCUUGGGGUGUCGUGGACGUUGAGAACCCCCGUCACUCGGACUUCUUGGCCAUCCGCAGCGCUCUUCUUCACAGCCAUCUCGCAGACCUUAAGGAAAUUACCCACGAUUUCCUCUACGAAAACUACCGUACUGAGAAGCUCAGCAAGAGUGUGGAUGGUGCUACGCCUACACAAGACUCUUCGAUGAACCCAGAAGAUCUAGCAUCCCAGUCCGUUAGACUGAAGGAGGAGCAGCUUCGUCGCGAGGAGGAGAAGCUCCGCGAGAUCGAACUCAAGGUGCAGCGCGAGAUCGCUGAGAAGCGCCAGGAACUGUUGGCUCGUGAGAGUCAGCUGAGGGAGAUCGAGGCUCGCAUGGCGCGUGAAGCAAGCCAGAGUCAGAUUGAUAGCAUCAGCGAUGCUUGA